GUCUGGCACCAAAGAAGGCAGCCAUCACCGAGGGACCAUCGCUACCAGGACAGCCUGGCCAAGGAAAGAAGAUAGGUCAUCGAGGUGUUGAUGCUUCUGGUGAAACCACGUACAAAAAGACCACCUCUUCCACUCUGAAGGGGGCCAUCCAGCUAGGAAUUGGAUAUACUGUUGGCAAUCUGAGCUCCAAGCCAGAGAGAGAUGUCCUGAUGCAGGACUUCUACGUGGUGGAGAGCAUUUUUUUCCCAAGCGAAGGAAGUAAUCUCACCCCAGCUCACCAUUAUGCUGACUUCAGGUUCAAGACCUAUGCACCGGUGGCUUUUCGGUACUUCCGAGAACUGUUUGGGAUUCGUCCAGAUGAUUAUUUGUAUUCAUUAUGUAAUGAGCCUCUGAUAGAGCUGUCGAACCCUGGUGCCAGCGGCUCCCUCUUCUACGUCACCAGCGAUGAUGAAUUCAUCAUAAAAACUGUGAUGCAUAAGGAAGCUGAAUUCCUACAGAAGCUCCUUCCUGGCUACUACAUGAAUCUGAACCAGAACCCACGGACGCUGCUGCCGAAGUUUUAUGGACUGUACUGUGUGCAAUCAGGGGGCAAAAACAUCCGCGUGGUCGUGAUGAACAACAUUCUGCCUCGCGUGGUGAAAAUGCACCUGAAAUUUGACCUGAAAGGAUCGACCUAUAAACGCCGGGCAUCCAAGAAAGAAAAAGAAAAGUCCAGCCCUACGUACAAGGAUCUAGACUUCAUACAAGAUAUGCCUGAGGGCCUGAUGUUGGAUGCGGACACCUUCAGUGCGUUGGUGAAAACAUUGCAACGAGACUGUCUGGUGUUGGAAAGCUUUAAAAUCAUGGACUACAGCCUCCUGCUUGGGGUUCAUAACAUAGACCAGCAAGAACGGGAGCGACAGUCUGAGGGAGCCCACAGCACGUCAGAUGAGAAACGUCCCGUGGGGCAGAAGGCACUUUACUCCACGGCCAUGGAGUCCAUCCAGGGUGGGGCUGCACGGGGGGAGUCCAUAGACACAGACGACACGAUGGGAGGAAUCCCAGCAGUGAAUGGCAAAGGAGAGCGUCUCCUGCUACAUGUAGGAAUAAUAGAUAUCCUUCAAUCAUACAGGUUCAUCAAGAAGCUAGAACAUACCUGGAAGGCCCUUGUCCAUGACGGGGACACAGUGUCAGUACACAGACCCAGCUUUUAUGCAGAGAGAUUCUUCAAGUUCAUGACCAACACAGUAUUUCGAAAGAAUUCUUCUCUGAAGUCAUCUCCCUCAAAGAAAGGGCGCAGUGCCUUGCUAGCUGUCAAGAUGGCUGGUCCAACAGCUGCAUUUUCAGCUAGCCAGCUUCCCUCUGAAAAGGACGAAACACAGUAUGACCUUCGUGCGGCCAGGAGUUACCCCACACUUGAUGAUGAAGGCAGGCCAGACCUGCUACCCUGCACACCUCCUUCCUUUGAAGAAGCUACCACAGCCUCCAUAGCUACGACACUAUCUUCAACAUCUCUCUCUGUUCCCGAGCGAUCCCCUUCGGAGACUUCGGAGCAGCCCAGGUACAGGAGGCGCACACACUCCUCAGGGCAGGAUGGCAGGUCACAUGAGGAGGUGCGGGUUGAGGAGGAGCUUCAGCAGAUCAGUGUCGAGCUGGAGCCCAAGUGUGAUGUUGAGAUUGUAGCUCCUGAAGAAGAUGACAAAGAAGAGGCAGCUUCUUCAGCCUGUGCCAUUGUAACAUCCACAGCUGCGAUAGAGGUGGAGACGGCCAGCCAGGCCUCUGAACCAGCCAGCCAGGCCUCGGAUGAAGAUGACGUGCCAGUCACAGACAUAUACUUUCCGACAGACGAGAGGAGUUGGGUUUACUCCCCGCUCCACUAUAGCACUCAACUCCACUCUGUCUCCGAUGAGGAGAGCGAUACAUAAUCUCUAUGCAGACACAGAAGCCCCAGAGAGCAGCGAUUCCCUCUGCAGGUCGAUGUGUUCCCUUUUCGUUGAUGCAGCCGUUCCAGUGGGAUGGGGAAGAGCUUGCUGACACCAGUAUUGCUGCACUGCAGGAUCCCGGGCACUGCAUUUCAGAAUGGAGCAAAACUAUAACCGUGUAUUUCUACUUGUCCCAGAUGUGGGCAGCAAAGAAACCACCCGCUCACCCGCAGCUCCCAACGGAGACAUCCAGCUGGGUGUAGAGAAUCCUGGGUAGUAACACAGUGUUUUCCAGACGUGCACUACCGUAGCUACCUAUCCAUGUGUGAUACUGUGAACCUUUUUAAUUUUUUAAUCAUGUAUUUAUUUCUUUUAUCUUUGCACAGAGACAGCACAAAUGUGCUUUUUU